UGCAGAAGAAAAGGAACAGCGUACACAACCGCAAGCGCCGCUGUAAGUCUCCUUAUAUACGCGGGAUUUGCCGAAACUGUACAGUAGUGGUCACGGUGGCUGUCACGGAGGGCGGCAGAAUAAGCAAGUUACCAACGCCGACGACGAGGAGAAAUCUCAGCCCGCCUUCGCUGCACACAACAUGGAGUCUUUGCGUUACUUGGGCUCUCUCGCCGGCCACAAAGGAUGGGUCACUGCCAUCGCCACCUCGUCCGAAAACCCGGACAUGAUUUUGACCGCGUCGAGAGAUAAGACUAUCAUCGUCUGGCAAUUGACACGGGACGAGGAUUCUUAUGGCUACCCCAAACGCAUUCUCCAUGGACACAACCACUUCGUCUCUGACGUUGUCAUCUCUUCCGAUGGCCAGUUCGCUCUCUCGUCUUCCUGGGACCACACGCUCCGUCUUUGGGACUUGAACACUGGCCUUACUACUCGCCGUUUCGUCGGCCACACCUCCGAUGUCCUCUCUGUCAGCUUCAGUGCUGACAACAGGCAAAUCGUCUCUGGCUCUCGUGACAAGACCAUCAAGCUCUGGAAUACCCUCGGAGAGUGCAAAUACGACAUUAAGGACGAUGGCCACACUGAGUGGGUAUCGUGCGUUCGUUUUAGCCCUAACGUCAUGAACCCUGUUAUUGUCUCCUGCGGUUGGGACAAGGUUGUCAAGAUAGUUCACUCAAUAAUACAAGACCACUACUUACUUCCGACCCCUUGCUCUUUCCGACGUUAUUUCUAUUUGCCUAUUCGCUAACUUACUUUCUGUACAGGUUUGGGAACUCUCGAAGUUCAAGCUGAAGACCAACCACUACGGCCACACUGGCUACAUCAAUACUGUCUCCGUCUCCCCCGAUGGCUCCCUCGCUGCGUCAGGUGGCAAGGACGGUAUCACCAUGCUCUGGGAUCUCAACGAGGGCAAGCACCUCUACUCCCUUGAGGCUGGCGAUGUCGUCAAUGCCCUCGUCUUCUCUCCCAACCGAUACUGGCUCUGCGCUGCCACCGCUACCUGCAUCAAAAUAUUUGACCUUGAGAGCAAGUCGAUUGUUGACGAGCUCAAGCCUGACUUCGCCCAGAGCGCUGGCUCACGCGAACCCGAGUGUGUUUCCAUCGCCUGGUCAGCAGAUGGUCAGACGCUUUUCGGUGGUUUCACCGAUGACCUUGUCCGUGUCUGGACAGUCAUCUCAUAAGCCAUGCUUCGGGGCAGUCUGGCGAGAUGUUGAGGGCGAGAGGUUGUUACUCUACUUUUCUGUUGUAUGCAUUUUACGUUGCUUGUUUCCUCAAAAUCAAAAGCAUCCCGUUGCGCUUUGUGAGCUUGACUGUUGCUAUCGAUUUCAUACUAUCGGAUUUGUCUUCAAUGAAUGUUCUUGAGAAUGAGACCUGCCUAACGCAAUCUAUGGGUCCAGAAUAUCAGCGC